CCGUGCCUGUCCUUCUGUCAGCAGGCAUAAAAGGAGGGAUCUUGGCUCCUGCAGCCAUUUCCCCUGCAGGGCUGAGCUCUUUGGCUGGCUUGCCACUUCCUUAGCAGAGGGGCUGCUGGCAGGGGCAACUUCUGAGCAGGUCAUGAAGCCUCAAGAGGCAGAGCUUGUCACCGAAAUCUCCAAGUUACAAUGCAUGGUCUCGGAGCUGAAGACAGGGUUUACCAGCGCUCUGCUGGAGCUCAGUCAGAUCCAACAUGGAGACACGUAUCUGAGGGAGGAACUGGAGGAGAACAGGAGGAGCUGCCAGAAGAAAGCACUUCGUCUGGAGGCUCUGGUCGAGUCACUGAAGGAAGAACUUGGAGUGAUGCGGUGUCAGAUCUUGCAGCUGUACAGUAACCGACAUAGACCUCAGCAGGAUGGAAAGAGCUCCACAUCCAAACAGAGAGAAAGCAGCGAUCCAGCAGAACCGGCCGGUGAACGGAGGCAGUGUGACUGUUCGUCUGAGCCACCCGCCUGUCCAUCCAGAGGAAAGCUGCUCCUCCACUGUUUCCUGCAGGGCCUCAAAGCAGGACUGAGUGAAGGCACAGAUGCACGACAUCAAGUGGCGAUGCAACUUCUGCAUUCUGAGUGGGAGUAUGUGUCAACCUUAAACCAGCUGUAUGAUAAAUACAAGACGCCACCAGCUCACCAGAUGACUGUGGAGCCAUAUCAGACAUACCUGAAGUUUGUGGAGCAGCUGUUACAGCGACAUCUGCUCUUCAGAAACACCCUGCAGGAGCGAUUAUCUGCUGAACACUGGAAAUCUCUAGUUGGAGACAUCCUUGUGCAGCUUAUUGGCCAAAACGACACAGCCUUUUCGGAUAUGUACCUUGGAUACACGACAACCCUGGCGUCAUUCCUCUCACUGGAGUUCAACAGACUAAACCAUCCUGAGAAAAGUCACAAAACACAGAGCGGCCAGAUGGAGAGAGAGGAAAUGAAACUGCUCUCCUUGCUGUUGGCACCUGUCUCUCGCAUACACAGCUACCUGAACCAUAUUCAGAACUUGUUGCAGUGGACGGGUAAAGAGCAUCCUGACUGUAGCCUCCUGCUGGGAACUGAGCGAGCGCUGAGGAGCCUUUUGUUCCGCUGUCAUGUGAUCCUGGAGGAGGAAGUGCGGUGGGAGGAAGGAGAAGAAGCUGGACAAAGCAGUUGCUCUGAUGCAGCGGCUGGCGGAUCCUCUGCAAACUGUUGCAGGAGGAGCCAACAGACCAGAGAGUCCAACGCUGCAGCUCAGAGAGACCAACAGCAAUCUGUCGGCCUCACUAAUGGAGUCGACGGCUGUCACUCGAUGCGUCUGGAGUGCUGGUCCUGCAGCCCAGUGAGGAGGAAGGGCUGUGGACGAGACCGGACUGUCCCGAACCAGCCGGCUCGUGACUGUGGACACGCCUACUGCUCCCUCCUUACUCCCGACGCUGCAGGAUGGGGAGACAACAGCGACUCGGGCCAGGGCACCUUCAGCCAGCCCACCGGGAAAGGUACCAACGAGCUAGAGGUUCCUCACACUAACCACAGCCUUGAGGACUGUGAGACAGACCCAGAUGACACCUCGGCCUUCGACUACUCCUCCGUCACCUCCUGUAGCCCUGACGGCACCCUGCGGAGGGAGACGAUGGACAGCAACAGUGGGGAGGACGAAGAGGAGGACAGCCAGGUGCCGGUGCUCUUAAAGCCCUCGUACAGCCAGCAGCAGCAGUCGAGGGAUGCACCCAGAGAGCGGACUGUGUGCCUAAGGUGGCAGAUUCCCAGAUUAACUCCUCACCCUCCUCUGAGAAACACAGCAGGGGCGUGUGUGGACGGGCAGACGCCGUGCCUCGUCAGCUCCUACGGAAAGAGGGUGGUCAGUGUCAGGAAGGGGUCGCCUCCUCUACAUCCAAAAAGUGCCUUCAGGCCCAUCUGGGAUGAUCCAUCCAAACAGGCUGAUUCAGCUCCAGAGAAAGACAACAGACAAGGCUUCAUACCGAUUCAAGCCCCAGCGAGGCAAAGCUUUCACAAUUUCAACCCGAGCAGAGAAAAUCUGAGACCAGGUCUGCCUCAGCAGCGGGGGAACCACGCAGCAGCCAUGAGCGGUGGAUUGUGGGAGGACAGUGAGGACAGCGAGGGACCCUGCAGCACUGUUUGACCUCCCUUGCUGUCCUCCCCAGAGACACGAGGACCCUCACCAAAAACUGUUGCACACAUAACUUUGAAGUUACAACCAAACGUGAGCCUAAGCUGUGAUUUAUUUGAUGGAUACAUUGUUAAAAAAGGCCAUAACAGCAGUGUACAAUGCAUGAAUGACAAAAUCAGUGAGCCUAAAAACGGAGAAGGGAUUUUUCUUGAUUUUCUGUUAAAGCUGAACCUUUUAUGAACACUGCCAA